GAGGCGGCGGGGCGGGCGCUGGGCCGGAGGGCGGCCAUGGCGCUGCAGUUCGGCGGGGCGGGCGCGGCGGAGGAGCCGGCCUUGGUGGGGGGCAGCUUCGGGGCCGCCGACUCGUUCCCUAAAGAUUUCGGCUACGGGGAGGAGGAGGAAGAGGCGGAGUUGGAAGGAGGCCCAGGGCCCGGCGGACCCGGCGGUGGAGCGGGCGGGCCUGGCGGCGGCGCGGGCGGGGCGGACUCCAAGCCGCGGAUCCUGCUCAUGGGGCUGCGGCGCAGCGGCAAGUCCUCCAUCCAGAAGGUGGUGUUUCACAAAAUGUCUCCCAAUGAGACUCUGUUCUUGGAAAGUACCAACAAGAUCUACAAAGAUGAUAUUUCCAACAGUUCAUUUGUGAAUUUCCAAAUAUGGGAUUUUCCUGGACAGAUGGACUUUUUUGAUCCAACAUUUGAUUAUGAGAUGAUCUUCAGAGGAACAGGUGCUCUAAUAUAUGUUAUUGAUGCCCAGGAUGACUACAUGGAAGCUUUAACAAGACUCCACAUUACAGUUUCAAAAGCCUACAAGGUCAACCCGGAAAUGAACUUUGAAGUUUUUAUUCAUAAAGUUGAUGGUUUAUCGGAUGACCAUAAAAUAGAAACUCAGAGGGAUAUUCAUCAGAGGGCUAAUGAUGACCUUGCAGAUGCUGGGCUUGAAAAACUUCACCUUAGCUUUUAUUUGACCAGUAUCUAUGACCAUUCAAUAUUUGAAGCCUUCAGUAAAGUGGUACAGAAGCUUAUUCCGCAACUGCCAACGCUGGAAAAUCUACUAAAUAUCUUUAUAUCUAAUUCAGGCAUUGAAAAAGCUUUUCUCUUCGAUGUAGUCAGCAAAAUCUACAUUGCAACAGACAGCUCCCCUGUGGACAUGCAGUCAUAUGAGUUGUGCUGUGACAUGAUCGAUGUAGUGAUAGAUGUUUCCUGUAUAUAUGGGUUAAAGGAAGAUGGCACUGGAAGUGCUUAUGAUAAAGAGUCAAUGGCAAUUAUCAAGCUCAAUAACACAACGGUCCUGUACUUAAAGGAAGUAACAAAGUUUUUGGCAUUAGUUUGCAUUCUUAGAGAAGAAAGUUUUGAGCGCAAAGGUCUGAUAGACUACAAUUUUCAUUGCUUCCGCAAAGCCAUUCAUGAAGUCUUUGAAGUAGGUGUUGCUUCCCACAGAAUCUGCAACCAUCAAUCAAGCGCCUCAAAUAUGAAAGCAGUGACUCACAAUGGCACACCGAGGAGUGCAGUCUAGAGGAAAAACUAAAGACAUUGGACAGACUUGUCAGCUCUUCACUCCAAAGUUUUGCGGAACAAGAGAAGAGUAGUCUGAAAGCCUGAAGGAGAAGAGCGGCGCUAACUGUGGAACAGCAGCUUGUAACUCAACGUUGGACAACUGAAACUACUGUAAAAAUACUUUUGAGGCCAGUGGACUUAGAAACGCCGGUUUGAAACCAGCUUUAUUGCAAAUGCAGUGGUUUUUCAGUUUGGAGUCCUGUUUCAACAGUCUGUCUCUGACGGAUUGCCCAGUCAAAAUUUACAAAUGAUUGAGUUGACUUUGCGUGAAACACCAAAUAGUCACUUGCUCAACUUUUUUUUUUUUUUUAAAUUAAUCUGCAGACUAUCCACUUUUGCUUAAGUCUACCCUUUUGUUAAGAAAAAAAAAAAAAAAAGAAAGAAAAAAGGUGGUGUUAUUAUUUAGGCUUGUGAAACUCAGGCUUUUUGUUUGGUGAGGCUGGUCUCACAAAUCAUUCCAUAAAGUAGUUCUUGCUCUCGCUGGUGUGUUGAGACUAUUACGAAUUCUGUACUUUUUAGGUGGCUGCAAGGUGCUUCUGUGUUUGUUUGGAGAGCUGACCUGGAGCUUCAUUUUAAGAGAUCGUGAUACUUUGCUUUCAGACCACGCUUCUUGGUAUCCCCCUUUUUGAUGGAAGGGAAGUAUUAGAACCAGAAAUAAACUACCUGCUCUCUUUUGCAAAAA